GAGUUCAAAGCAUACAGUGGAGUCUUCUCAGGGAAGAUGUCGUCUUUGACAAUGAAAACCUGUUGUCUGGACAAAAGAGGAAGUUUCUUUAAGCUCAUUGACACAAUUGCCUCAGAAAUCGGAGAACUGAAACAGGAGAUGGUACAGACAGACCUCCCAGUGGAAGAUGAACCUGCUGAUUUGCGAAGUCUAAUAAAGGACAUGGAUAAUGUCUCUCCUGAGAAGAAUGAUGUGAAAAGCUGCCCCCGGGACUCUGGCUAUGACAGCCUGUCCAACAAGCUGAGCAUAUUGGACAAGCUCCUCCACACUCACCCUGUGUGGCUGCAGCUUGGGCUGAGCGAUGCUGAAGCCAUGGAAAUCCUUCAGGCCCAGCCUCCUGGGACAUUUCUGGUUAGGAAAUCUGCCAGGCUGCAGAAGAAAGUCAUCUCUCUGCGUCUGCCCGGCGACUGUGGGGCCUGCCUGAAAGAGUUUGCCAUCAAAGAGAGUACAUACACAUUUUCCUUGGAGGGGUCUGGAAUAAGUUUUGCUGAUUUAUUCAGGCUCAUUGCUUUCUACUGUAUUAGCAGGGAUGUCCUUCCAUUCACACUGAAGUUGCCUCAUGCAAUUGCUGCAGCAAAGACAGAAGCUGAACUUGAAGACAUUGCUCAGCUUGGACUGAACUUUUGGAGCUCCCUGGCUAACAGCAACCCCCUGGAUCCUUCACCUCCCUGCAGGCCUGUGCCUCUGGACAGUGCUCGUAAAGGCUCUCGGCAGCUCUGCCUUAUAAAUGGAGUGCAUUCUAUACGGACCAGGACGCCCUCGGAGCUGGAGUGCAGCCAGACCAACGGAGCGCUGUGCUUCAUCAAUCCCCUCUUCUUGAAAGUGCACAGCCAGGAUGUCAGUGGCAGCCUGAAAAGGCAGAGCCCCAGAGCUCCAGACGUGAAUGGCACGGCGAGGCCUCGCUCCCCCCCGCCCCGGCCGCCACCCCCUGCUAUUAAUAGCAGCCUCACGAGCCCGCAGCUUGCCAGGACUAUAAAGCAGGCGAGCAUGCCAGGAACAGCGAACCAUAAGAAAGAGAGAGGCUUGGAUUCGUCGCAGAGCAAGCCGGCCCCCAUUCCGCCUCCUCGGCUGAAGAAGCAGGCUGUGUGCUCCGAGGGGGAAGGGGGCCCGAGGGCCGCUCGGCCCGGCCCGGCGCGUGGGCCCGAAGCAGCGGCCGGGCCUCCAGGUGAAACCCCGCCCGAGCCGGCUCCGGCAGCUCCCAAAAACACGGCGGCUCCCACCUCUGAGUCACACGUCCCGUGGAAUGGAGGCAGGCAGAGGCUGAGCGACAUGAGCAUUUCCACCUCCUCGUCCGACUCGCUGGACUUCGACCGGAGCAUGCCGCUCUUCGGCUACGAGGGGGACACCAACAGCAGCCUGGAGGACUUCGAGGGGGAGAGCGACCAGGAGAGCAUGGCACCCCCCUUGAAGCCCAAGAAGAAAAGGAGCAGUUCCUUUGUUCUCCCCAAGAUUGUGAAAUCUCAGCUGCGGAAAGUCAGUGGAGUUUUCAGUUCCUUCAUGACCCCCGAAAAGAGGAUGAUUAAGAAAAUUGCGGAGAUGUCCCGGGACAAACGCACUUAUUUUGGAUGCUUGGUACAGGACUAUGUCAGCUUUCUCCAGGAAAACAAGGAGUGCCACGUUUCCAGCACUGAUAUGCUGCAAACAAUUCGUCAGUUCAUGACCCAAGUCAAGAACUACCUGUCCCAAAGCUCCGAACUUGAUCCCCCAAUCGAAUCGCUGAUUCCCGAGGACCAAAUAGAUGUUGUCCUGGAGAAGGCCAUGCACAAGUGCAUUCUGAAGCCGCUGAAGGGUCACAUUGAAGCGAUGCUGAAAGAGUUCCACACCACGGAUGGGUCCUGGAAACAGCUCAAGGAGAACCUGCAGCUGGUGCGGCAGAGGAACCCUCAGGAGCUGGGCGUGUUUGUUCCCACCCCGGACUUCGUGGACGUGGAAAAGAUUAAAGUCAAGUUCCUGACUAUGCAGAAGAUGUACUCCCCUGAAAAGAAGGUCAUGCUGCUGCUGAGGGUUUGCAAACUGAUUUACACUGUUAUGGAGAAUAACUCAGGGAGGCUGUAUGGAGCUGAUGACUUCUUGCCUGUGCUGACAUACGUGCUGGCCCAGUGUGAUAUGCUGGAGCUGGACACUGAGAUUGAAUACAUGAUGGAGCUGCUGGAUCCAUCUCUGCUGCAUGGAGAAGGAGGUUAUUACUUGACGAGCGCCUACGGAGCACUUUCACUGAUCAAGAACUUCCAGGAAGAACAAGCUGCCCAACUCCUCAGCUCAGAGGCCAGGGACACUCUGCGGCAGUGGCACAAGAGGAGGACAACCAACAGGACAGUGCCUUCAGUUGAUGAUUUUCAGAACUACCUUCGUGUUGCAUUCCAGGAGGUGAACAGUGGGUGUACGGGGAAGACCUUACUAGUAAGGCCAUACAUCACUACCGAGGAUGUGUGUCAGCUUUGUGCUGAGAAGUUUAAAGUGGACAAUCCCGAAGAAUACAGCCUGUUUCUUUUUGUGGAUGACACCUGGCAACAACUGACAGAGGACACCUACCCUCAGAAGAUCAAGGCGGAGUUGCACAGCCGUCCCCAGCCCCAGGUGUUUCACUUUGUCUACAGGCGCAUUAACAGUGACCCGUACGGGGCCAUCUUCCAGAACAGCAAUGACUCACCUUCUUAAAGCCAGCAGCUCAUCAGUUUAAUUCCUGUUUCUUGUUAACUGUUACAAACACCUUUGUUGCUGCCUUCCUUAGGAGCUAAAACAUGUCUUAAACCACGAAGCCUAGUAAAACACAUGCUGGCAUUUCCAGCACUGCUUACAAACCCGUGUUCUCAACCCCGUGCACAUGGCCAGUUAUGCAGAAUAUUCCACCAGCGUGUUUGAGGGAAUAGCCCAUGAGGCUCCAUUUCUUGUCCCACAGGCUAUUUCGCAGCAUAUGACACUGUGGCCCUUCACAGAUCUUUGCUGUAGUGUGCAAAAAUCUAUUUUCUUACACUCGUUGUUUAGCCAAAUGUCAUUUUGAUUUAAAUCUGCAUGCUAGACAAGUAUUUCAGUAAACUGGCUGGUAUGAGCUCAGUUUUGCCAGCAGGAGUUUGACGAGACUGUCCGAUGCAGGGCAUCAGUUAACUCAUAAUUACCUGGAUGAUUGCAUCCUUUUCUAAUUUUUUUGAUUACAGAAAAUCAUCAUGUUUAUAUAUAUAUAUAUACAUAUAUAUAUAUAUCAUAGAAAUUUUAUAGCAGUUGCAGGUAAACUGUCAGGGUUGGUUUUUUAAAUAUUUUUUUAACUAUAAAGUAUUCUAUAAUUAUGCAUGUGAUUUUAACAUUUAAUAUACAAGAAUAAAUCUCUUGCUGGUUUUAGAGUAUUGCAUUAAAAGUAUAUGUGUUCUCUCUCCUUUUCCUGUUCCAGGAGAGCUCUUUUGUAACUCGUGUUAUCUGUAAGAAGAUUGUAACGUCGGCACUGCCGAUUCCAGUGCCUUUACCUGAACUUGAUGUAUUGUUAGCUGUAUUAUUGUUUGUAUGCAUUGUUUUAGACAGAACUAGGGGGGUGGAAGAGAAAAUUGAAAGAAAACGUUGUAGAGGAGGGGAAGAGAAAGACUGUGGAGACCCUAAUUUAGCAUUAAAAUCUGUCAGUCUGCUGGUUCAGGCUCCUUGCAGAAAAUGGUGAAGGAGGUUGGUGAGGAACUUCAAGGGAAGCAGCAGUGCAGGUUUGCAGAGGGAUUUGACAGCACCUAUCCCAGGUACUAUUUGUGUUAGCAGAGGGUGAAAUGUGUCAGCAGUGUGAAGGAGAACACUAUUCUGUGCAGUUUGUUUCCAGCAUCCCAGCGUGUGCUGGCCUGGAGAACACGUUCCAGCGUUUGUGACGCUGUCACACCCUGAGCGAGACCCGAGGGUCAGUCCUGCCUGUGCAGAGAGCAGUUGGUGUUCCAUGCACGUGUUCCUGGGGCUUUGUCCCAGACAGCCCAGUCAUGGGUGAUGCUCUGCACCCCCCUGACUCAGCCAGGGCUGCUGCCUUAGGGGGACGUGGGGCUCUCCCCACAUCUGCUGUGGGGGUGUGACAUAAGGCAGAGAGCACCACGGGCAGCACGUGUGUUGUACAUCCAGAGAUCCGGAGUAUUGUGUCCCUUUGCCUUGUAUCUGAGACCCCUGGCACGUGGCCGUAUUUCAUUUUGUAAAUGUCGAGUGUUGCACAUAAUAAUACAUUGCAAUGCUGAACU